GUCGCCCCCCCCCCAUCCUCCCGCUGGCGCCACCCCUGUUCACCGACGGGGACUAGGUGGAAAGUCAUGCCGAUGGUGUGGCUGGUGGGAUCUGCCUAGCUAGUAGUAGUAGCAGUAAAAAUUGGAAUUCGGAAAAUUCUAGCACAUUAUACAUCAUUCUUUUAUGAUUUAAUUGGGCUCUGCGAAAACACAGCGACAAGACUGAAGAUUGACAUCCUAGCUAGAAUUAUUGAGGAUUGAAAACGCAAAUGAGAUGAGUUCUACAACAGACACCAGAAAUACUAUCCAUUAUAAAAUGAGGGACGCGAGAUCAAGUUUGAUUUUAAAGUUAUCAAGCAUAAACUUCGGAAGUCUACCCACAGAAUCUUUAAUGCGACUUCAAAAACUUGAACAUCUGUAUUUAAAUCAAUGUAGCAUUAGUGGACAGCCACCAAACAUUCUCACAAAUUUCAACAACUUAAGUACUUUGGAUCUAUCUAGUAAUGCUAUAGAUUAUAUACCAGGUGAUUUCUUUAAAGAGAAAUUCCAGGAACUUAAAAAACUUGAUUUAUCUUAUAACAAACUUAAUUCAAUACCGAGUACUAUUAAUUAUUUAGUGAACUUAGAAAAGCUUGCAGUCUCAAACAAUGGGUUGAUAGAACUUGCUCCCCAGAUCGGUGAGCUGCGAUCGCUUAGGAUGCUGGACGCUGGAAGCAAUCUCAUUCGGGAGGUUCCAGGUUCCCUUUGUGCUGGAAGAUUGGCAAGGAGGUUGCAACAUCUGAACUUGAGUGGUAACUUACUUCACACAUUGCCUGUAGAAAUUGGACUGCUGGUGAAACUUGAAGAGUUAAACCUUGAAAGGAAUCAGUUGUCAUACCUACCGGCUUCGGUAAGAUCGCUGGUGAAGCUGAAGGCAUUUUAUUAUGGCGAAAAUGAUUGGAUGGUUUGUCCACCUACAGUACACGGAGUACCCACCACUAAUCAGGCAAGCUUCGGCCCACUUGCUUUGGAGAAGAUUUAUAGUUAUAUUUAUCCACAGAUGUGAAGACAGUCAUCCAUUAUUUUUAUGUUUUAA